AUGGCCAGGCUGCUUAAUGACUUAUCUGCUGCAAACAGUUCUGUUAUGGCUUUAACAGCAGAUAUUAAUACCGGCGGCUGCGGCCGCCGCCCCUGCCCCCGCUUCUACUACGCCUACGGCGACGGCAGCCUCGUCGCCACCCUCUACUCCGACGCGCUCGCCGUCCCACCCUCGGCGGCGCUCCGGCUGCCGGCCUUCACCUUCGGCUGCGCCCACACCACCCUCGGCGAGCCCGUCGGCGUCGCCGGAUUCGGCCGGGGGGCCCUCUCCUUGCCGGCCCAGCUCGCCGCCGCCUCCCCUGACAUCGGCAACUACUUCUCCUACUGCCUGAUCUCGCAUUCGUUCGAUUCGGGUCGGGCCUCAAAGCCCAGCCCGCUAAUCCUCGGCCGUCGGCCGGCUGCAGAGGACGAGAAGCUGAAGAAGAAAUUGGCCGGCGAAUUCGUCGGCGGCUACGCGUUCACGCCGAUGCUCGACAACCCCAAGCACGCCUAUUUCUACUGCGUGGGGCUGGACGCGGUGACCGUCGGAAAAAGAAGGAUUCCGUCGCCGGCGAGCCUCCGGAGAGUCGACCGGAAGGGCGACGGAGGGAUGGUUGUAGACUCAGGGACCACGUUCACCAUGCUGCCGAGUGAAUUAUACCGGACAGUGGUCGAGGAGUUCGUCGCCGGCGUCGGGGCGGACCGCCAGCGAGCGGCGGAGGUGGAGGAGCGGACAGGUCUCCAGCCGUGUUUCUAUGGGCGGGCCGGGGAGAGGCCACUGGGCGGCGUUCCAAGGCUAGUGCUGCAUUUCGCGGGGAAUUCGAGCGUGGCUUUGCCGAGACGAAAUUUCUUGUACGAGUUUUCCGACGUGGACGCGCGGCGAGAGGUGGGUUGCUUGAUGGUGAUGGACGGUGGGGACGAGGCGGAGAGGGGCGAAGGGCCGGCGGGGCUGCUGGGGAACUACCAGCAGCAGGGGUUCGAGGUGGUGUACGACCUGGAGGAGAAGCGGGUCGGAUUUGCAAGACGGCGGUGCGGGUCGAUGUGGGAUGCGUUGAACUAG